AUGAAGUCCGCGGAUCCCCAGGAGAUCAAGUCCAUCAUCCAGGGACUCGCCAGCCGUGAUGAGGGCGAGCGCAACUCCGUGGCGUGGAAGCUGCAGCGCGCCGCCGACGCCGACGAGUUGGUCGUGGCGGAGCUCGUUCGCCACCUCUGCGACGAGCACCCGCCGGUGCGGCGCAGUGCGCAACGAACCCUGAGAGAGGUGGUGCCUCAAAGCUGCGAUGUGGUGCUGCCACUCCUGUUGAGUCGUACCGGAACGGCCAAUGCUGGGGGCCGCAUGGAGGUCUUGAAAGCCUUGGAACACUUCGCCGAACGGGGCGAUGCGAGGGUGACGAAGGCGAUGUUGGCGCGCUUGGCAGACGCCGAGGCUUCGGUGCGCGCCCAAGCGCUCUCCUCCCUGGCAGUCUGUGCCGAAGAGGAUGAUGACCGAGUCCUGACGCAGGUCCUGGAGCGCUUGGAGGACGUGGAUGAACACGUCCGCGGCGCAGUGGCCAAGGCCUUGCCAUCCGUGGCCUCUAGAGGAAACCACCAGGUGAUGAGGUGCUUAGCGCGGCUCUGUCGCAACGAGAAGCCGCCGCCACAGCGGGAGACCCUUAAAGAGGCGGCCUGCCGCGCCUUGGCGACCUUCGCCCCGGGCGACGCCGAGGCCAUCAGCCUGGUCGGUGAGUGCAUCCAUGAAGACUACCCACAGGCCUCCAUUGCGGCGCUGAAGGCCUUGUUGCUGCUGGUGCCGAGUGGCGAUCAUCACGGCCUGGACACCGUGGCCGGCGCCCUACGGCACCCGGACCUGCAGCUGAGGGAAAUGGCCACCCACGUGACCUGGAGCCCGAGAAAGGAAUCGGAUGGGAUUUGGAAUGAUUUGAAGGCUUACGCCUGA